AUGGUGCUCUGGGGUCUGGUGCUGGGAACCCUGCUGGUGGCCGUGGUGGGGUGCCUGUGGCUGCUGGGGCUGUUCCGGCAACGCAGACCUCAGGAGCCCCCUCUGGAUAAGGGCUUCAUACCCUGGCUGGGCCAUGCCAUGGCUUUCCGGAAGAAUAUGUUUGAAUUCCUGAAGUAUAUGCGGGCCAAGCAUGGAGAUGUGUUCACAGUGCAGCUAGGGGGCCAGUACUUCACCUUUGUCAUGGACCCGCUCUCCUUUGGCUCCAUCCUCAAGGAUGCACAGAGAAAACUAGACUUUGUGAAAUAUGCAGAAAAACUGGUGUUAAAGGUAUUUGGCUACCGCUCCAUGCAGGGAGACCACCGGAUGAUACACUCUGCCAGCACCAAAUACCUCAUGGGGGAUGGCUUGGAGGAUCUCAACAAAACCAUGCUGGACAGCCUGUCCUUGGUUAUACUGGGGCCCACGGGCCAGAGUCUGGAUGCUGGUUGCUGGCGUGAAGACGGCCUCUUCCACUUCUGCUACAAUGUGUUGUUCAAGGCCGGCUACCUGAGCUUAUUUGGCUGUACGAAGAACCAGGAGCAGGACCUGCUACAGGCAGAGGAGUUAUUUGUCCAGUUCCGCAAGUUUGAUCUCUUGUUCCCCAGGUUUGUUUAUUCCUUGCUGGGGCCCUGGGAGUGGCUAGAAGUGGCCCGGCUCCAGCGGCUCUUCCACAGGAUGCUCUCCGUGAACCACAACCUUGAGAAGAAUGGCAUAAGCAACUGGAUCUCCUACAUGCUUCAGUGUCUGAGGGAGCAGGGAACGGCCCCAGCCAUGCAAGACAAGUUCAACUUCAUGAUGCUCUGGGCCUCUCAGGGGAACACGGGGCCUAAUUCUUUCUGGGCCCUUUUGUUCCUCCUAAAGCACCCGGAAGCCAUGCGCGCUGUGAGGGAGGAGGCUGCCCAAGUCCUAGGGGAGGCCAAGCUGAAGGCUAGGCAAUCCUUUGGCAUUGAGAUCAGCGCCCUGCACCACACGCCAGUGCUGGACAGCGUGAUGGAGGAGACGCUGAGGCUGGGAACCGCACCCACCCUCCUCAGAGUGGUGCACGGUGACCAUAUGCUGAAGAUGGCCAGUGGACAGGAGUACCUGCUCCGCAGUGGAGACAUCGUGGCCCUCUUCCCUUAUCUUUCAGUGCACAUGGAUCCUGACAUCCACCCGGAACCCACUGCCUUCAAAUACGAUCGCUUCCUCAACCCCAACGGUAGUCGCAAAGUGGACUUCUACAAGUCAGGCAAGAAGAUCCACCACUAUACCAUGCCGUGGGGCUCGGGUGUCUCCAUCUGCCCUGGGAGGUUCUUGGCCCUCAGUGAGAUGAAGCUUUUUGUCCUGCUCAUGGUCACAUACUUUGACCUGGAACUGGUGGAUCCUGAUACACCUGUGCCACCUGUGGACCCCCGGCGCUGGGGCUUUGGCACCACACAGCCGAGCCGUGAGGUGCGGUUCCGCUACCGCCUGCGUCCUGCCAAGUGA